ACUGCGUCUGGUUUCCGGUUUCGCGCGACGGAACUGACGCGCGCGGCGCGCGACGCAGAGCCGAGUGCAGAGCGGAGGUCGUGAUGAGCUGUGUGCUGUGUGCGCCGGCGGCUGGGGCUGCCCGGGCGCUGAGGCUCGUGCGCUGGGCUUCCCGAAGCCUGCAUUCGCCGCCCGGUGGCCGGGAUCAGGCCCAGUCCGCAGCCAAGGGCGAGGAAGAGGACGAUCCUGACCGCCCCAUUCAGUUUUCCACCAGCAAAGCCAACCCGUCCCGUUGGACGGUGGAGCAUUCCCUGGGAAAGGAGCAGCAGCGACCCUGGUGGAGGGUCUUGCCCAUAAGCCUGUCCCUCAUGAUUCUGCUCAUUUGGUGCGUCGUUAGGGACGAGACCAGCACGGACCGCUGGUUGAAACAGGUAUUGGAGGAAGAGGUGCCGGAGCUCAGCGAUCCCUCCGAGGAGCCUGGAACUCCAGCUGCCUAUGGAGCAAGAACUUAAAGGGGCGCCCGCGGGGGCAGGCAGCGAGGGACCAGGCAGCGGUCCUUAGGUCUGACGUCGCGUUUGAUAGUUUCUGUCGUGGUUCUGUGCGUCCCCAGGCUGAAGGAUUGGAUGGCGCACCUGGCCACACUGACCCUCGGGGGAGGAGAGAGCAGAAUGUCAGCAGACGGGACCCAGUUCUUGGCCUGAUACUUUGAUGCCCAACGAAUAUGCACAAAAGACUUUUUUUACAUCCAUAUGAAAGGUUUUGGAUUUGUGAUUUUGUUCAACAUUAUGUUUCCAAAGCAAGUCUGGUGACACUUGUAAUCCAGUGUAAUCUAGUUUGCUUUCUGAGACAGAAUAACUCAGAAGAGUUAAGCUUUUUAUUUUACAAUGUAUUGUGGUAUGUAUAAAUUGAUGUUAGUUUUACAAACUAACAAAUUGAUAAUUGUUAAUUAGCUAAUGUGGAAUUAAGCCACCACCCCCCUUUUGCAUCUCAUUAAACAAAGGGAGCCUUUUAGUCCUUUUUCAA